GAGGCCACACGCGAUCGAGAAGAAGAGGAGCAGCGGCAAAAAGAUUAGGCCAAAGGAGGGCGCAGCAGGUCUUUGGAUGUUUAUCCGCUUCAUCUCCACGCGGUAGGUGGAGUCUGUUGCCCGUCGCAUUCUUCUCAUCGGUUUGGUGAACGACGCGCCAAACGAACAAAAACUUGUGGGUUGUUCGGACCGGCGGCAUCGUCACUUUUAGCGAUUUCUUGCGUUAGGAGUCUUCUUUCAAAACCGACAGUAGUUUGUCCGGAUUGGAGGGAUGAAGGGGAAAGGAGCAACAGCUAAAAACUACUUUGUCCUCAAUACCGGAGCCAAGAUUCCUGCUGUUGGUCUUGCAACAUGGCAACACGGAGGUGAUCUUUGCGCUGAAGCCGUGGCGACGGCUUUGACGGCCGGGUAUCGCCACAUCGACUGCACCCAUCUAUAUGGGAAUGAGGUUGAGGUUGGGAAGGCGCUAGCCGAGGCUUUUGAAAGCGGAGCCAAGAGGGAAGAUUUGUUCUUGACCUCGAAAUUGUAUUGUGCUACUAAUUCACAUAAGAGGGUCGAGAAUUCCGUGAGAGUUUCCUUGAAGAGCCUUGGCGUCUCCUACUUGGAUCUGUAUCUUGUGCACUGGCCUGAGUGUUCGGCUCUCGGGGAUGCCACUGAUCCUUCUUGGAAAUCUGCAAGCGAAUAUAGACAGUUCUCGCAGCGAUUGAAGCCAACCUGGGAGGCUAUGGAAAGUCUUGUGCGGAUGGGGCUUGUUCGUGCGAUUGGUGUUAGCAAUUUCAACAUUCAGCAGAUCAGCGAAUUGCUCCAGUUUGCGAAGAUUGUUCCAGCAGUCAAUCAGGUGGAGUUGCAUCCAUUCUGGAGACAGGAUGAACUAGUGAAAUUCUGUCAACAGAAAAGAAUCCAUGUAUCUGCUCAAACUCCACUGGGAGUACCCAUAUCUCGUGGGAUGGCAACUGCCAGUCCUGGUCUUUCUGAUAGUGGAUCUGAGGAUGAAGCUGGAACUCCUAGGAUAACAUUUAGAAGGUCAAGAUCUGUGCAUGGACCAAUGAUGAAGCUUUCUGUUGUCGUAGAUAUUGCAGAACGCCAUAACAAGACACCGGAGCAGGUCAUUUUGCGAUGGGGACUACAGCGAGGAACUAGUUUAUUGCCGUGCAGCCUAAAUCCUGACAGGAUCAGGAAAAACAUAGACAUUUUCAGUUGGUCGCUGACAGAUGAAGAAUGGAAUAGAAUGAACAGGAUUGAACCUCAGAUAUGCCUCUUUGGGAGUGGACCUGUCAACACAUCUGAAACAGGGUUUUUUUCAGCUGCUGGUCCUCUUCAGGCUGUGUAUGAGAUGGAAGAUGACACCGAAUAAUCCCAAGACUCUCAAGUCUCAGAAGUGUACUGUUGUAAACUCUCAUCUGAGAAGGGGAUAUUUAACGAAAUUUUCUGCACAUAUGUUAUGUCUAUCUGCGAAUCUCUUCAGAGACCAAUAUCAUCUUGUAAUUCAUGUUAAUUAGAUUUUAGUAGUUAUGUCAUAUUACUCUGGAUCAAGGUUUUGCUACAAUGGAAGUUAUCAUAUGUUUUCCCCCUCC